AGGUUGGACGUACGCCGAGUGAGUGAAGUAGUCCGCUCGAGUCCGUUCCGAGAUACGCUAGUCCUCCGCUUUUGUAAACGUUUCGUGCACUCGCCGGAAACCGACGCCGCCGUCGUUGUGUCGUGUCCCACGCCGAAACCGAGGCAUCGAAGGCACACAAGUUUCUUACGUAUUAAUAAUUACCAAACUAGAAAAAAACCACCGGCAUCAUGAGUACCAAGGAGAAUAACGACGUUGCCGUCGAGAAGGUGAUUGAUAAUAACGACAAGAGCUCAGGUGACGCGAAAUGCGAAAUCAAGGGAACGAAAAGGCCGGCUGAGGAUAAGAGCGAAGAAGUAAAGAAACAGAAAAAGGAAGAAAACGGAGAUGGCGAUGUUGAGGAGGAGGACGUUGAUGACGAAGUUGACGCCGAUGAGGAGGAAGUUGAUGGGGAUGGAGACGAUGACGACGACGAAGAUGAUGUCCCCGAAGGCGAGGAUGAUCUUGUUGAAGAUGAAGACGAGGAAGACGACGAUGCGGAGGGAGAAGUAGAGGGUGACGGCGAUGACGAUGACGACGACGUAUAAUGAAGAAAGUAUGAAACGUACGCACGAAAGACAACGGGAGGCGGCGGGAGACGGAAAACGGGUGGACGGCGCCAUCAUCGUUCGAGACAGCGGGAGAUUCACUCUCAUAUUGAGGAGUUGAUUUAAAGUGUUGGCGCGUGUCGGCCCAAUUCUUAGGGGGUGCUCCCGCGAUAUACAAUUUAAAAAGGCUGCCACCUUGCCAGAGUUGCGACCGGCCGACACUUGGACGCCGCAGCCCUAUUGUCUUGGUCCUUCGCAAUCCUGGCCCCCAGCUAGCCAACAUCAAAUGCUAUUAGAUUGUUCAGCAUGACUAAACUAAAUUACUUCCACAUAAAAAUGAUAGUAAUAUUAAAAAUGCCGAUGUGAAUUUGUUAAUAUUUAAAAAAAAUUCAAUCUUGAAAGCCAAAACCAUUCUUACAAAACAAAAAUAUUUUCAAAACUGUACUUCCACGUAAAAUGUUUAACCUGUAAUAUGCUGUUCGUUUGAACAACCUAAUAAUUGUAUUUGUCCGAUAACUGGCUUUUUUCAAGGGACAGUUUUAUAAUGAAAACUUAUUUAAGAUAUAUAUAUAUAAGAGAAAACGAA